CGCCGCGCGACCUGCCGAUCACACGUGCACCCCACCACUGACCGGCGCGGUGACCCUCGGGAACCACCAUUACGACUCCAAGCGACGCCACGAACGGUCCCCACUAUGUGCCAGUGAUCGAACAGUGACAAAACUCAAGUGAAGUGACUCGGAAGCAUAACCAGCACGACGUGUGAUGUGCGACUGAAGAGUGUCUACAAAGUGUUUACAGCCGCAGCCUCAGCCGUUUAACCGAAAAUAUGGUGAGAGGGGCGGCGUUGGCGCUGGUGCUGGCGCUGGCCGUCGCGUGCAAGGCGCGCGCCAGCGUGCUCGUGCCCACCUACGUGCUGCCGCCUGACUCGUUCGUGCGCGACCAGCGCAGCCUCGGCGCGCCAGACUCCGAUCCCGCUGAGUCCCAGCGCACGAUCAAGCGUCUCAUCGGCGGACACAUGAAAAUUAAGCCCGACAAAGAGUACGGGACCGCGAAAAACUCGAUCGAUUUCGAAGAGAAGCCGUCGAGCGGCAAGUUCAAUGGUGUGCUCGCGCCGGACCAGUCGGGCGGCACCGUAGGCUGGAACCAGGGCAUCUGGGACGAUGGCAUGCUCAUGUCGAGCGCGGGCGAGGGGAAGGAGGCGGUCAAGAAGGAGGACGACGAAGAAAGGAAAACGCUCUCCGACCAAGUGGCUGAGGGAAAGUACGGCCUGAUACAGGAUGAGAUAUUCUCCAAGAAGCCUGAACGACCAGGCAUCGUCAGCUACGAGCCGAACUCGGAAACUAAAAAUAAAGAUAACCUUCAGACCCUUGGGGGUUUGAAAAAAGACGAAAUAUGGCUCGCUGAAGACCAUUUACUGGUUCUUAAAGGAGGCUCCUUCCCCGAGCGGACGAAGGAGAGCGACAGGCCGUGGCCACCCAUCGACGAUUACGAGGCGCCUAGAAGGCAAGUAAAGUUACCGCAGAAACCUAGAGUGCCACCGCCCUUUCCAGUACGACUCGCCGACAACGGACCGCUCGUCUUCCUCACGCCAAACGGCAGUGUCCCUGCGGCCCUAUUCCCACCCUUCCCUACGGGAGAGGGCGAAGGCCCUCUACCUUUUGCGCCAUUCCCCUUCGCGCCGGGAGCGCCCUACGCCCCGGGUGACUAUCAGGGAAACGCUACUUCCGGGGGAUCGCCGUUGCCAAUUCCUCCGUUCCCAUUCCUACCCGGGAAUGCGAGCGAAGGGCCAUUCCCCUUCCCUGGAUCCAUGAACGGCUCUUUUCCAGAAGGCUUUCCUCCGGGCGCAGCGUUUCUACUACCACCCAGCAACCAGACCGACCUCUACGACGAAGACGACCCUUCGAUCUACUAUCCGCCGCCAUACAAUUUUUCCUACCGCGCGGACUACAAUAACAGCGUGCCAGCAGGACCUCUUGUGCCAGGAAUAAUACUGCCGCCGCCACCAGAUUUCUUUGCUCCGAUGGAAGAGAAAACAACCACUGAGACUGUUAGAACGACGACGAGACCAACAACGGUCCCGACAUAUACAAGGCAUAAGCCAACCGUGAAAACGACGACAUCGUCGUACCGCAAAUACAUGAAGAGACCGACAACUACUACCGAAUAUCCUCGAACCACCGAAACACCUACAACGAUUACAACCCCGCCACCAGUUGAAAUUGUAACCACAAAUGUAAGAAAACCACAGCGCAUACCAUCCAGAAACCCAGUUCGCGUACACAAUCUUCCCGAUGAUAUCACAACAAGACCGAAAACGGAAAAACCAGUUUACAAAACGAGGACAAAGGUCACAUCAAAACCAAUUUCCGUGUCUGUCAUCUAUGAUUACCCAGAGCCUGAAUAUACACCGAAAACACCGACAACAUCGGAGAAUCCUUACAUCUUGUACGACGUACCUGAUAAAACACCAAAUGUUAUCGAUGAUGUAGUAACCUCAACUCCAGUGCCAUUGAGAGCGUAUUAUUCAAAUGCUCAAAAUAACAUACCCACAACAAAACUACAACCAGUGUAUCGAGGAAAACCAAAUGACAACGCUCUUGCUUCUUUCUACUUCUACGACGAGCAACCGAAGUCGUCACCUACUCCUGCGACUUACUUCGAUGGCCGCAACUAUUACAAAACUGUGCCCUCAAGCCGCCCACAAUACUCUCAGCAACAGAACAUAAAUCCUCAGUCUGGUUUCGCACCGAAUGUAGACGUCGCUUAUGGAUCAAUAGAUCAAGCGGAUGCGUUGUUCUUAUGGCCACAGAAACAAGGUCCACGCACUUUGACUCAGGAGUACUUCAGUAUCCAAAGGCCGAGACCGCAACCUGUUUAUGUUCAGCAACCGAAACAACGACCAGAAACGUUCUAUCAGCAAAUUGCUGACAUUCAACAGACGAUAGAGCUGUUCACUACAAAGAGGCCAAAUUCUUACUCACAUAGACCGCACGCACACAAGCCCAAAGCUAUCACAUCGCGACCGGUCUACCAGUUCAGCUACCAGUCUAAGCCUAGGCCUGAGCAAAUAUCAUUCCGUGCACCGAAACUGGAUCCGGAACCUUUCCGGCCAAUGGUGAGCUACAGCAAGCCAUUCAAUCUGGGGAACGAUUUCAACGCAAUCACCCCUUCGAUUCAGCCUGGUUAUCAGCAGUACUUGAUCGAAAACGUGCAGGUCACGACCGAAACACCCACAUCGACUAGAUUCUACCCUAAGAAAAUACGCGACGAGGACUACGACGACGCUCCGAUUAGCAAAGGUGUCCGGCCGAAAGGCAACAGGAAUCUCAUACCCAUCCAAAGCGAGAAGCCCGCGGUGCAUCAAGUGAACAGGUACCCGAACACGACCCCGAACCCAAUCAGCCACGGGUACUACACUAAACAAGACGAAAGGUACCUCGACGACAUCACAAAGAACUCAUUCGACAUAUUCGGUAAGAAGAUAGAGGACAACACGCACGACGUAAACGGUUUGGCCGUUACUGCGCCCCUGGAAACAGUGAAGACUCCCAUCGACAACAACAUCAAUCUGCAGUACGCAUACGAGAUCAUCGAGGACGCGAGGAGGCAGGAGAACCCUCCGUCGCUGGACAGAGACACCCUGGUCAACGACCGCCUGCCGCGCCCGCCUAUCAAUCCCGACAGCGAGCCCGUUCCGGUUCCGAUCCAGCAUCAGAACCAGAGGCAGCUGGAGCGGCCGAACCCGCCGUCGCUGCUUCACGACACGGCGGUGAACGACCGGCUGCCGCGGCCGCCGAUCAACCCGGACAGCGAGUUCAUCCCGAUCCCGAACCCGGGCCGGCCGGCGCAGUACAGGAAGCAGGCGCAGCGGCCGCAGUUUGCGGGGGAGCAGUAUGAUCUGAACGGGCCGUCGCUGGCGGGUGAUACGCUGGUGAACUACAAGCGGCCUCUGCCGCCGGUGAACCCGGACGCGGAAUGGAUCGGGAGCGCGAACGCGGCGGGCGAGGGCCGGCCGGGCUCGUUUGUAUCGUACCGGCUGCCGGGCGAGGGCGCGCACGUGUACUUCGUGACGCCGCAGGCGGCGCAGGCGCAGGCGGUGCGCGAGCGCCAGCGGCCGCCCGGCUACGGCCGGUGAAACCAAAGCUCUAGUCUGAACUGUCGACGCCGCGCACGCGACGCCCCGUGUAAAUAAAGCGCAAAUGUGAUGUUCUAAGUGUCCUAAGUAGUGUAAGGAAUUACGAAAGACUAGCGGGUCGCCCGCAUUGCCAUAAUAUUUAAAAACGCAACUUUUCUAAUUUAGUUGUUAGCGAGUUUGUUGAUAUACAAAAAUGGACGCUCUGCGAUCGAUGAAUUAUUUAUUAAAUUAUUUUUUAAGAGACUGUGGUGCAUGCAUAAUUAUAGUUAAUUUAUUUGUCAGUAUUCUCGAUGAACUCUCAGGGAUGAUGUGAUGUGAUAUAUGUAUGUGAAAUGAUUGUGAGCAUUGUUGUAAUGAAUACAGUAACUUGUGUUACUAUAUUGUUAUUUAUAACAAAUUAAUCAUUGUGAUUUUGUAUUUUAUUAAACAAAGAAAUGUAAAAUAAAAUUUUAAACAAUU